UCGGAUGUUUGGAACAGAAGUUCAGUGAUGAGCUUUGUCGUUAUUAUCUUUUCUUGUAACUAAUAGAAUAAACAGUGUUACUGAAAAAUCAUAUGAAUAAUUAUAAUUCAUUCAUAAUUCAUGAAAUUCAUGUAGUUGACCGUACUUCCCUUACAUCCAUUAAUAGAUGACUUGAGUUAUAAACGGGUACUUUGUUUUUAGCUAUCAGAUCUUGUAUUUCCAUUUUUCUCAAAUAAAACUUACAAAAUCCUGUCACCUAAAACAAGUUUACUAAUAAAGGCCCGUUUAAGCCAAUUUUUAAAUAUAUUGAAAUAAAUUUAACUGCGAAUUCAAUUUGUAAUAAAUGUUUUCUUAUCGCAUUCAUUGCUUCCAUAUAACUCAAAGAUACAUGUAGCAUAGAACGAGUUAUUAAAUAUAAUUAAUUUUCGCUCGAAUGCUUUAAUUAAAUAUAUCCAAUCCAAAUUAGUACUUAAAAUGUAAAAGAAUAGGUUACAUCAGUAAAACACUGUGUAGCAUAGACAGGCGAAGAAGCUUAGAUUCUAUUUUUUAUCUUUACAUAUUUGUGUGAUGUAUUAAACGUAUAUUAUUUAUAAAACGUAGAAACUUGUUUUAUUCAUUGGUUCGGUUCUAUUUUUAAGAGGCGCAGUAAUUCUAAAAUAAGUCUCCGUCAUAUUCAUAAUUCUGUAUGUUUACUAUGUUUAGAAAGCACAAUAAAUAUUUAUUUUACAAAACGUAUAACAUUUUGAGUAUUAGCAGUUUCACAAAAUAUGACAAAAUACGUAAAUAAUGAAAUGUUCUAUUCUGUGAAUAACUAUAAUUAACAACAAAUUUCAUGAGUUAAACUUGUAUAAAAUUAAUUUAAAAGUAAUUUUAUUUUCAGACAUAAUGGAGUCUGAUUAUGAUGAAAACCAUGGUGGUUGGACGGAUGAAAUGGCUAGAACGAAUGAAGAUUGUGGUGGAGAAGACAGUUUCGAUAAUCCUCAAGAAAUUUUAAAUGAAUGUUUAGAUAAAUUUAAGACUCCAGAUUAUAUCAUGGAACCUGGUAUUUUCAUGCAACUUAAGAGAUACUUCCAAGCGGGUGGCAAUCCUGAGCAAGUUAUAGAAUUAUUAUCAAAAAAUUACACUGCUUGUGCUCAAAUGGCAAAUCUCCUUGCAGAAUGGCUCAUUCUUGCUGGAGUGAAAGUUUCAGACGUUCAAGCAAUGGUAGAAAAUAAUUUGAAGGAUAUGAUAUUGAAAACUUUUGAUCCAAAAAAAGCAGAUAAAAUCUUUACGGAGGAGGGUGAAACUCCUGCCUGGUUAACAGAAAUGAUUCAACAUCCCACCUGGAGAUCUCUUAUUUAUAGGCUUGCAGAAGAAUAUCCUGAUUGUUUAAUGUUGAACUUUACUAUAAAGCUUAUAUCCGAUGCGGGAUUUCAAGGUGAAAUUACGAGCAUCUCAACAGCAGCUCAACAAAUCGAAGUAUUUUCACGUGUUUUAAAAACUGCGAUCGCUGGAUUUUUACAAAAUACAGAAGACUGGCAGUCUAGUAUACAAGAGUGUGCGAAAAUGGUAUGUCACGGGCAACAUACUUAUGUCUACAGUCAAGUAUUACUACAAAUUCUUGCACAAGAAUCACGUGGUGGAUUUAUGAUGAAAAGGCUUUCUCAAGAAAUCACAAAAUGUGCUCAACAAAAUCAUCACGAUGUUACUCCAAUAACAAUGGCACUGAAUGGAGCUUCUAGUAGUCCAAGCGCGUGUCAAGCAUUGGCAUCUAUGUUAUCACGGAAUACUUUAAAUCCUGCUGAUAUCAGCGUAUUAUUUCGAAAUUAUUCUACAGCAGAACCACCUCCAAUAGAAUUACUUCGUAAUCCACAAUUUUUAGAAUUAUUAGUUGAUGCGCUUUUCAAACCAGGGGUCAAAAUUAAUCCUGAACACAAAUCAAAGUAUAUUUAUUUAUUGGCUUAUGCAGCUAGUGUAUGUGACAUUCCAGCUAAAAAAGGACAUCCACGUAAAUUAAAUAAAGAUGAAUUGAAGACAACUAUUCAAGCCAUUGAAAAAGUUCAUAAUGUUUGUAAUAUUAAUAAAGGAUCCACAGAAUUGGUAGCCGAAUUACAUACCUUAUAUCAAUGCAUAAGAUUUCCUGUUGUAAGUGUAGGUGUAAUUAGGUGGGUAGAAUGUACCGUGACAGAACCAUCGUACUUCAAAUUAUGCACAGAACAUUGUCCUGUACAUCUUGCAUUACUGGAUGAAGUUGUUGUCUGCCAUCCACUAUUACAUCCGAAAGUGUUGCAACUCCUUGUUCAGUUAUUUGAAAGUAAACAAGAUGAACUAGAGAUACUUGUACAGUUGGAAAUGAAAAAAAUGUUAAUCGAUAGAAUGGUGAAUCUAUUGAGUAAAGGCUGUGUGGUACCUGUGGUGUGUUAUAUAAAGCAAUGUUGGCAACGAGGAGACACAGAUGUUUCCUUAAUUAGAUACUUUGUUACAGAGGUCUUAGAAGCAAUUGCUCCGCCGUACACAACUGAAUUUGUUCAUUUAUUUUUACCUAUGGUAGAAGAUGAAGAAAUUACAGGAACAAUGCGUGGUGAUAGUGAUAACGAUCUCGUUUCAGAAUUUAUUGUACAUUGUAAAGCACAUUGCCCCACUGUAAGGUGAUGCAUCUUAAUCAAUAAAGGUAGGUUGAAUUGGAAAAAGAACUUGCAACUUUAAAACAAGUAUGUUUACUUCAGAGGAGCAUGUGUGGAAUUAUACAUAAAUUACUACUGUAUUAAACUUUUCUCUUUCUUCUUUCAUGUAUAAUGUAUAUGGAUGUGUGAACCUAGUGAAAGGAUGACUUCCUCUCAUCUGUGAUAU